AGUGGAGGUAACUGGUAUCGAUUGGAAACUACUGUCAAUCGAUCAGCUGAAGCAGUCGCAUAACUCGUGCUCUGAGCUUAUGAUCUGUUUCUUAAUUAUUGACAGCAGUUAAUCAAUUAGUCAUACAUUCUUGUGAAAACAUACAUGUACUUAAACUCUUAAACUCCCUUAAAUAUACUCGCAGUUGAAUAAUCGAAGAUCCCGUACAAUACCGGAAAUCGGGUGCAGUUGAAAUUCUCCAUAAUUGAACAAUGAAUGCGAACGUGUGAGGCAUAAUUGAAGUGAAUGAUCUCUUUAGCAAUCAAAUGGGUUCAGUUUCCAGUACAAAGAAGUCAAACAUGCCUGCCACACGAGAUCUCGUCGAGGACCUUAUCGCAAAGGAUACAGUCGUCAUAUUCUCCAAGAUUCAGUGUCCAUAUUGCAAAAUGGCCAAACAGGCGUUUGAAUCAUUAAAAAAACCGUACACGGCGAUAGAAUUGGACAACAGAGAAGAUGCACAAGACAUACAAGACGUAUUGGCCGAAAUAACAGGUGCCAGAACAGUGCCGAGGGUAUUCCUCAAUGGACAGUGUUUAGGAGGUGGUACUGAUGUAAAGAAAUUGUUCGAGAGUGGCGAGCUUGAAAAAAAAUUUUAACUUUUAAUCUUCGAAGUGCUCUAUAAUGAAUAACAAAUAAUAUGUUUAAUAUAAAAUAAAAUAUAUUCUUUUCUAUAAUAUCAUCAUGUAUGCUGACAUUUUCAUGCAAAAGUAAAAUGGGAAAAUAUAAUUUCUGAAUAUCGAUUAA